AUGUCUUCUUCCAUGCGCUCUGGUGACAUCCGCUCGGCUGAGGACAUCCCCACCAGCGAGAUCAACCACGUUGCUGGCGGCCACAAGGCCAACCUCGCCAACGAGCGCACCUCGGAGGAGAGCAAGCAGCACUCCCGCGCUCAGCUCGACGAGCUCGAGUCGUCCGGCCGCGUGGGCGGCGCAUCCCGCGAGCACACCGACAAGAAGAACACCAACAACGUCCUCGGCGGUUUCAAAGCCACCAUCAACAACCCCAACACCGGCGACGAGGCCAAGGAGAAGGCGCGCAACGUCCUCCGCGAGCACGACGCGAUGGAGGACAAGUACGAGUAA